AUGGACAAAGAUGCGCAGAUGGAAGCGGCUAGACUUCUGGCACUGGAGUUCAAGUCUGGAAGCAAUUCCCGACGUGGCGACGGUGCUCGAGGCGGCAGCAGAGGAGCGAGAGGCGGACGUGGUACCCGCGGUGUUGGUUUAGGACGGGUUAUGGACACCCCUCGAUCCGUGUUUCCUCAUAGCCCAACAGGCCGUCCCAUUUCGACGACUUCUCGCCCGGUGCUCGCUGUGGGAAACGUUAACAGGGCCCCUACUCAGAUCAACCCAGCCCUUGCUGGCUGGCUUAGUGGUCAGAAGACAGAUCACAAUACAACUAACGAGACUACUACCCCAACUCCAAUCGAUCCCAAGCUUUCAAGCUGGCUCACGCACAACAGCCAGUCUCAGCCUCCUUCAGCCAGUUCAUCACCCAUUUCCAAUGCAACUGUUGGCCUCGGAGGUUCUUCCGCAUCGGCUUCAACUCGGGGCGCCGCUACUGCCAUCCAGUCUAAUGCGGUUUCCCAAAGUCAAACUCUCACAGAGCCGGUUCGUGUGAUGGCUCAGCCUGAGAGUCACGCAUCUUCAAUUAACAAAACUUCGGGGGGUCAGCCAAAGGCUUCGGAUAGUCCCUUCGCGAAGAAGACUACUUCGACGUCGAAGUUGAACGGCCUUGGCAUGAGCAUGUGGGCCAGCGAGGAGCUAACAAAUGCCCACACUCAGAACGGAAGCAAGAAUCCGUAUGCUAUCGCCGACACCGACUUGAGUACCAGAGCUUCUACUAUGCUCCAGGAGCAGUCAGUCGAUGACCCCACCGCUACAUACAAUAGACAGGCCUCCCAGCUCCUUGAGACGGACCACAUCAGAGACGAGACCCAGAAGAUCCCCAACAUAGUCGGCGGCAACCUCCCCCUCCGCCAGCAACCAAAGGUUGGCACCAUGUUAUGGGCUUUACAGCAGCUUGACGCAGGAUUGGAGCUCCCGGAUCCGCAGCUGUUCAAUGCUCACAAAGAUGAAGUCAAAGGCGUUCAUCUUCGUGCCCAGUCUGGGGCUACCCCGAAACCAGACAACGCCAUUGAUGCCGCAUCACAGAUUCAAGAUCAGAUGGUCGAGAAGGCCAAGGCUAACAGUACGAUCCUGAUAAACGAUCUCGAUUGCCACUGCCCCAAGAGAAGCCACCCCGUUAUUGGCCUGGCAGCUUCUAAGUACAAUACGGAUGCAGACGGCGAUGUUGACAUCUCCGGCAUGUCCGCUACAGCUCGCAACAAGUUUGCAGUCAAUGUCAUUCUCCAAGACCAUCCUUUGCCUGAUUGCCCCGUUCUGUUAAAAACCCAGGCAACGUAUCCGCUAUACUUCGGUGCGAACCCGGCUACGGUGAACGACAAGAACGAUGGCCUCAGUGUAACCCGCUGGGAGGAAUCGCACCACGCAACCCGUCCCCUCUCUCAGCAGCAUCAGGCCCGGUCCCAGCAACAGUCUGACGGAGGCAGAGGUCUUAUGUCUUCUAUUUGGGCUGCUUGA